AUGUCUUACUUGACACCCCGUCCUACUCGUAAAGCUCAAAUUGUAACAUCUGGCCUAGGCCACCACUUUGUGAGCCCCAGAAAAGCUCGAGAUAAACGGAAAACACAAACAUUGGUCGAGUUACCAGGUGCAGAGGCGAAGCGCCGCCGACUUUUGGCUGAAAUGAAGGAACUUAUGAAGCCGCGGGAUGACUUGGAAGAACAAAACUUGCAGGUGUCGUCUCCUCAUCCAUCACACAAUGAUACUGCCAAGCACCCUCAACACGUAGAGAAUGAUGAUGCCACGGCACUUCACUUCAAAGAUGUGGAAACAUUUGAUGAACCAUCUGUUGAUAUUCCAGCAAUCGACACUCCAGUCAAACGACGGAUUGCCGCCGACAGAUCAGCUAGUCUACUGUAUGGUAACUGGAGCGACCUCAUCCCAACUCUCAUCAGUCCUCUACUCCUCUACUUGGGACAAACACAGGGGAAAGCACUAGAAAAAACUCAUUCAGUCAUAUCUGCAUGUGCUGGGACACUCUCAUGUACACCGAAACGGACAACUUUGAUGUGUUUAUUUUUUGACCGAUAUGCGUCUAUAGAUGUGCUAAGUUGCAUGUGUUCCACUCUCCUGCAGGUACUUCUCCACCAUGGUCUAUUCCCAACUGCGCCUUCACAGCCUCGAAUGGCUGUAUCUGUUGAUUUACUUUCAUUCUACCGUGCACUGUUUGAAUGCUCGUGUGAUGCGAUCAAUGCUCUCGCAUCAGCAUUAAAAAAUCAUUACUCUCGGCGGGGCUUCCAGGUGACCGACACACAGGGUCAACUCAUCCGAGACCCAUUUUGUUGGGGUCUUGGUUAUGCCGUUCAGUGGUUCGACAUCCUGCAAAUUCAACUUGAACGACAACUCGAGACAAUUCUCCAACACAGUCGCAAUCGCAUCACAAAUUUCCAAGCCUCCCUGCACAAGACUGAUUUCCCUCCAUUCACCUCCUUACAUCCAGGUCGAUGUGCGCCACUUCUGGUCCAACGAUGUCCAGCUUGCUUUGGUGGCCUACUGCAUGGUAGGCCCAUGGAUGAAGGAGGCGAUAUACAUGUCGCAACAGAUGGGAAUUUCCACCAUUGUCAUCGCCGUGCUGCUGGCGAUUGUCCCCCGUUCUAUGACCCUACCUACUUUAUCCCCAAAAACUUCAUUGACAAAGUCGGCCACCAUAUAGACGCUCAAUGUAAGCACCCCCCAAAGGUCCAUACCCCCAUUGUCCCUGACGAAGCUGUGGACCAAUGUGAAAUGGCUUACGAGGCUGCUGACGGCAAAAAGCAAAAAGCUGCAAUGGACAAUUUUGAUGACACUGGGAUCAUGGCACUGAUCUGUCGUCAUGACAUCCCUCUGUUCUUUGCUAACAUUGAUUCGCCAGGAGAACAACAAAAGUAUUCCGUAGCCCUCCUUCAGCACUUAUUUUCACUUCUCCCACCAGAGGCUACUGUUGUCGCCCUGUAUGAUGUUGGGUGUGUUCUAGCGAGAUCACUUGCAAAGUAUGAGAUUCUUCCCGAGACUGUAACCAAACGACUCCGUUUUGCAACUACAGCAAUGCAUGCAUACGGCCAUGAGUGGGCUUGUCAACUUGUCUAUAAUCCGUGA